UACGGUGUAUAAAACCAAUCACAUUAUCAUGACUAUGGGCUCGGACUUCCAGUAUGAGAACGCCAACAUGUGGUACAAGAACCUGGACAAGCUGAUCCAUUAUGUCAACGCCCAGCAGGCGAAUGGCGUCAAAGUCAACGUGCUCUAUUCUACCCCGUCCUGCUACCUCCAGGAGCUGCACAGAGCGAACUUCACCUGGGCUUUGAAGACGGAUGAUUUCUUCCCCUAUGCAGACGACGCUCAUGAUUUCUGGACCGGCUACUUUACCAGCCGACCGGCGCUGAAGCGUUACGAGAGGAUCAGCAACAGCAACCUGCAGGUAGUUUGAGGUUCACUCUUAGAG